AGCUUUGACUACGAGAAUCGUUUGACUUAAGAAAUGUCCACCCUCUCAGAUGAUACACUUAGAAAGAUCCUUGUGCAGAUUCAGCAGACUGCUGUUCAGUCACAACGAAACUUGAAUCUCUCGCGGACACAGAUCCAAGCCAAAGAACGUGAACGCCGGAUUCUGCAGCUCACCAUCGAGGAAAUAAACUCUUUGGAUGACAACGUUAACCUCUACAAAGGCGUUGGCAAAAUGUUCAUCAAUGUCCCACGACCAGAAUUACAGAAAGGAUUGAAGGAAGAGGAGAAGGAACUCAGUGACGAUGUCUCUACGCUUCAGAAGAAAGCCAAGUAUCUUGAGAAACAGUUCAAUGAUGCGCAAGGCCAGCUUCGCGAUAUUUUCCAACAUGGGCCCAAACAAUAGUUAAACGGAUCGAUACCCACUUUCCCGAUGUAUCCACUAGUUGACCCUACCAUAGUGUUCAUUAUAGUUCAACCACGAAUCUUCAUCAACCGCAGGUGCAAUGCGACUCCUGAUACCGAUCGAAGCUUGUUUUCCUUCCUC